AUGAGGUUUCUCUGUCUGCCCGGCGCAUUUUGCAAUGCUAAGGCGUUUAAAACGCAGCUAGGGCACGACGCCCUUCACUCCUCCGCCAGGGCUGGAGGAUUUUUUGGGCCGCCGCCCAAUUUCACGUUUGCCGAAGUCGAUGACCCCGACCUGAUCAACUUCAAUAUUUUGGACUUCCCCCGGCGCGACACCCCGGAAGAUACUAUGAAGUUCGCCAUGGAUCUGGCGGGCCAUCCCACAUUUUCCAGUAUUCGCAAAGUCAUGGACCGGUUAAUCGGGAUCCUGGACACCGAGGACGACAUCGCCGGCGUGAUCGGCUACUCCGAGGGUGCGAAGAUCGCAGCCACGCUCAUUCUGGAGGAGGAACGCAGGCGCAAGCAACAUGGCCGAGCCCCAAGACUGAAAUGCGCCGUGCUCAUCUGCGGAUGGCCGGUACUAGACCCAGAAACUGGCGCGACAAUCCUGGCGGCGGAUGAAGACAGCGAUAACGAGGGCGAAACGAUCACCAUUCCCACUUGCCAUGUGGUUGGUGCGGCGGACCCUUUCCUCGAUGCUUCCAUGGCCUUGUACAAUGUCUGCGAUCCGGACAACGCCGAGUUGUUUGACCAUGGAGGCGGGCACGUCAUUCCUCGGGGAAAGCAAACGGUGGACGAUCUGGCGGUUGUUGUUCGGGAGAUGAUAUUGUCAGUAGACAAUUGA